CACACGCACGCAGAGCCCGGAGGAGUUUGUCAGCGUAACCGUUCACAACAUUUGCAGACGAAUUUCCUCGGAGCCUCGUAGAAUCAACAAAAAUGAAUAUGAUUUUAAGAAAUAAUAUCUGGAGAUGUCAAAGGCCUUCCCUCAUGCAAAUAAGGCAUUGCAGCUCAAUAAUCAAGAAAGCAAGAGAUAAACUUGGGACUCUGGGUGAUGGACAAGUAUCGCUACAUAAGGAUGAUGCUACAGGAAUAGCAACAGUAACACUGCAACACCAGCAGAGGAAGAAUGCUCUCUCAGGUUCCAUGAUGGUGCAAUUAGCUGACAUUGUAGAAGACUUGUCCUCAUGGGAGACAGGAAAAGGAGUGAUUCUACAGGCUGAAGGAGAUUCCUUUUGCUCAGGAGGAGACUUAACCACAGUGAAGGCCAUAUCCAAUCCACAGGAUGGCCUGCUAAUGUCAACUUUCAUGCAUGAUACAUUAACUCGGUUUUAUAACUUGCCCUUCAUUACGACAUGUCUUGUUCAUGGCAAGGCUCUUGGAGGUGGUGCUGAGCUCACAACAGCAACUGACUUCAGAGUAUUUACAAAUACUGGGGAAGUAAGUUUCGUCCAGGGUCGUAUGGGGGUGGUGACAGGUUGGGGUGGUGGAACGAGGCUGGUGAAGCUUGUAGGCCCUACUAUUGCUCUUGAUCUUCUAACCACCUGUAGUAAAUUGAAUGGCAUUAAAGCUUCACAAAUUGGUUUAGCCAAUCAUGUUGUUGGUGCUGAGAAAAGAUUCGAUGACACCAAGGCAUGGUUAAUGGAGAGGGUUUCUCAUGCCCCAGAGGUCCUUCAUGCUAUGAAGAGGAUAGUCAUUGCAGCAAGGGAUUCCACAUUAAAUGAGAGCUUACUCAAUGAACGUCUGAAUUUCUCACCAUUGUGGGGUGGGCCAGCAAAUUUAAGAGCCCUAGGUGGAAAUAUUAAGCAUAAAUAGAAAAAUUUAUGCAUAUAUCCAUGAUGUUCUUUUGUAUAUAUAUUUAAAAGGUUUUAUUUUUAGUACUGUAGAUGCUGUGCAAUAAAAAAUAAUUUUAUAAAGAAUAGUUCUUAAUCUUCCAAAAACAAGUCAUGUAUUUGAUACAGUUAUUUUUUAAUUUGUGAAUAAAUAUGGAUAUUAUAUAAAAGCAAACUUUUUAAUGUAACUGUUUAAUUAAU